GAAUAAACUUUGGAAUAAGGCCAUACGCAAUUUUUAAGCAUCAAGUAGUCAUAGGAAGUUUGACAGGCAGUUGUUUAUCCAAACCCAGUUCCAUCCUGUUCCGUAGACUUUGCAAUCAACUAAAACUUCCUAACAAAAUGGCUUCGAAUCAAAAACCACAGAAAAUCAUCCAAAAAAGACAUAGAAAAAUUCGAAUAUCAAUCAAGGAACCUCAUGAAGAACUUGGGACGGACAGAACUAGAGAAUCAAAAUCACAUCAAAGGUCGUUUCGAGCAAGCACGAACCUGACUCCAAAUUCUAUCCUUCGACGGCCGUCCUCGCGAAGCGGCAUGCUCGGUAGUUUUCUAGGCCCUACCGGUCUCCCUUCGAUGCCAUCGACGCAGUGGACUAGCGCGCGACGCACCACCAUGUACAUGGCUCCUCGCUUCCAGAACAACUACCGACUGGAGUCGCGCCGCCCUUUCAAUCGCGACCGCGUCCAGCUUAUGGUCGCCCGGUAUCUCGGCACAUUCCUAGCAGAGCACCGGUACAACCCGAAGCGCGCCAAAAGGCUGGCGGAAAAUUUGUGCUUCGAAUUGCGGAACCUGAUCAAGCGGUGCCACUUCGAUCGGUACCGAGUGGUGGCGAUGGUGACCGUUGGCGAUAAGCAAUCGCAGGACUUCCGGUCGGUGCUGCGGUUCGUGUGGGACGCCGAGAAGGACGGUUACGUAAAUUUUGCGCACGAAACGCCGGACUUUUUUGUGAUUGCCACCGUGUUUGCGGUGUAUUUUGAGUAAACAAAUUUGAAAAAAAAAGUCAUGUUUUAUUUUUAGGGAGGCCCAAUUAUUUUUGACUUUUGACUAUAAGAUUUUGAUAAGAUGGCAAUUGUAUGUACAUAUGUAGUUGGUUAUGGUUUAAAUCGGAUUUGGGUUGAGUAUAUUUUUUUAAAAUUCAUUCCAAACUGUGUUAGAUUCGCUU